AUGUUGAAUGCAACACAUUCUUCUCUAAACACAACCUGCAGCAUUAAUGACUUCCGGAACCAAGUUUACUCCACAGCCUAUUCCAUGUUCACCCUGUUUGGACUUAUUGGGAAUAGCUUUGCUCUGUUUGUCCUUCUGAAGACCUACAGACAGAGAACAGCCUUUCACAUCUACAUGUUAAACCUUGCCAUCUCAGAUCUACUCUUUAUUUUUACCCUUCCUUUGCGAGUGGUGUAUUAUGUCCACAAGGGAAGAUGGUACUUUGGGGACUUUCUGUGCCGGAUUAGCUCCUAUGUUUUUUAUGUCAACUUGUAUUGCAGUAUCUUCAUUUUGACUGCAAUGAGCGUCACACGGUUUUUGGCCAUUGUCUUUCCAGUAAAAAGCCUUAAGUAUGUGUCGGAGAGAAAAGCCAAGUGGACUUGCGCUGCAAUAUGGAUUUUUGUCACUGUAACAAGUUCCCCAUUUCUUAUGACUGGAUCUUCUUUCGAUAAAUCUGACAAUAAGACCAAAUGUUUCGAGCCUCCCCGGAAUCCCCAAAAUUUGAUUGCUCUCAACUAUUUUUCCUUGAUCGUUGGCUUUGUCAUCCCAUUUACAAUAAUAUUGGUUUGUUAUACCCUGAUUAUAAGAACAUUGAUGAAAAACUCUAUGCAAAAACAAAUAGCAUCCCGGAAGAAGGCCAUUAGAAUGAUUAUUAUUGUUAUGGCUGUGUUCUUUCUAAGUUUUAUGCCGUAUCAUAUCCAGCGUACAGUCCAUCUUCAUUUCAUCCAGGAAAGUAAGACAUGUGAAGAGAAGCUAACAGCACAAAAGAGUGUCGUCAUCACUCUGUCCCUUGCAGCCGCCAACUGUUGCUUUGACCCACUACUGUACUUCUUCUCGGGAGAAAACUUUCGAAGGAGAAUUUCUACUUUUCGGAAACAGUCCCUAACAAGUAUGGCGCAAGAAGUCAAUAGAAAGAAGUCUGGAAGUUUACAGGCGAAUUGUGAUGUGUUCCAGGAACUCCGGAAGCAGAAUAGCAAUGAGAAUUAGGACACAAUGUAAUGCUUUCUGUGCAGGCAGACACGGUGGAUAAAAAAGCCAAAAAGAGGUAGACUGAAGAACGAUGAGCACCUCCUGUCAUUGGUUAUUAAAUCUUUUGGCAGUGAAGGAGACAGAGAAAACCAGCCUACGCUUCAUCAUAGACUAACCAAAUCCAUUACAUUAUCUAGAACUGUAUGUAUUUUCAGAGCUUUGGUAAAAUAAUGGAGAAAACUGUGGGAUCUGUAUUGGAUUGCGAGCUUGAUCUAUUUUCUUACGUAAUGAAACAUGUAAGCUUUCUGGGUAGGGCUUUAUCCUCAAUCUAUGGACUCUGUCUGUUACCGUUAGUGGACAAUAUAGGUCUGUGAGGAUGUUGCGUAUAUGAAUGUUGAUGUAUUGUGCAAUAAGCACUAUAUGAUGAUCUGAAUGACUGAUGUUUAACCCCUU